CCCUGGUCCAGAGGGGAGGUGGCUGCCUUUAAAAGGGCCUGCCUCCCACAGGCUCCCUCCCUCCCUCCUGGUCCCUCCCCCCCUUCAAAGAUGGAGGCUCCUCCACCAGAAAAGGCGGCGGCCGUUGCUCCUGGUCCCCCCGCCAGGGCCCGGCCGCCAAAGGCGCGUUCCCCACCCACGCUGACCAUGGUGCUGGAGGCCGUCAAGGCCCUCAACGAGCGGAAGGGGGUCUCGGCCGUGGCCAUCAAGCGGUAUAUCCUCCACACCUACCCCAGCGUGGACCCCAUUCGGCUCAAGUACUACCUGAAGGGGGCCUUGGCGAAAGGGCUCGAGAAGGGCCAGCUGAUCCGGCCUCCCAACUCCUCCGCCCAGGGGGCCACCGGGAGAUUCAAGCUGGUGGAAGACAAACCCAAGCCAGGGAAGGGAAAAGAGAAAGGGGAAGGAGAAGCCGGGCCCAAGCCGGAGAAGAAGAAAAAGAAAAAGAAGCCGGCAGCGGAGGACGACAAGAAGAAGCCUAAAGCCAAGGCAUUAGCCGAGAAAGUGAAGAAGCCUAAAGCCAAGCUGACGGUGGAGAAAAACGCGAGGAGCCGAGCCGGUGUCGAGGGGGAGAAAAAGAAGCCAGCGAGCGAGGGACCGAAGGCGGAGGCGGGAAAAGUGAAGCUGCCAGGCGCCCUAGCCGGGGGAGAAGCCGCUGAGAACCCCAAGGGAUCCCGAGCCAAAGGGGCCCCCAAGGCAGGGGCCGAGGCCACCGCCCGGGAGGCGGCCAAGGGAGGAGAGCCUGGCAAGCCAAAGGCGGAUGCCGGAGGGAAGGCCAGGGGGGCCACGGCCAAGCCAGCCAAAGCCGGCAGCAAGCCGGCCGGAGCCGUCAAGCCGGAGGCGAAGAAAACCGGGGCCAAAGAGAAGGAAGCCCCGGGCAAAGCCGGACGGGCCCCCAAGACGCAGGUCAAGAAGGGGGCUGCCAAAGGCAAGGCUCCGAAGGCGGGGGCCGGCCCCCACGGCGAGUAAGGGCCAAGCAGGACGUCCGGCCGGAAGGAAGCAUCGCCUGGACCACGGAGGGAGCGAGUCUCGAGAUGGACAGCCGGCCAGGAGCGAAGCCACCCGGACGGACGGAUGGAGGAUCUCCCCCUCAGCUGCCAGAGCACCACUGGCCAGGCUGGGUUUUUAAUGCUGUUUUUAAACCUCUUGAAUUUUCAAUAAAGUUACGGUUGCAUGA